AUGGACUUUCGAAAAUUCUUCAAGAACCGCUCCGGGCUUCGAGUGGACAACAGAGCAAGAACGUCCGCAUCCAAGCUAAGCCUCCGAGAAAGUUUAUGGCCCUUGAUGUUGGUGACAAUCUUGUUUUUCCUAUGGGGUUUUGCUUACGGAUUGCUUGAUACCCUCAACAAGCACUUCCAGACUACACUCGGGAUUACUCGCACCAGAUCAGCUGGGCUUCAAGCUGCUUAUUUUGGGGCGUAUCCAUUAGCAUCAUUAGGUUACGCAAACUGGAUGCUACGCCAUUAUGGAUACAAGGCCGUCUUUAUCUUUGGCCUGGUACUAUAUGGUAUCGGUGCGUUUUGUAUGUGGCCAGCUGGCUUGAACCAAUCUUUUGGGGGUUUCUGCGGAGCGACCUUCGUCAUUGGCAGCGGAUUGGGGAGCUUGGAGAGUGCGGCAAACCCAUAUCUUACUGUUUGUGGUCCUCCCAAGCACGCUGAAAUGCGCAUCAAUAUAGCGCAGGCCUUCAACGCCAUUGGAACAGUCGUCGGUCCUGUCUUGGGCUCAUAUGUAUUUUUUGUUUCGACUUCAGAUAACGUCCAAGCGCUCCAGCGCGUUCAGUGGGUCUAUCUUGCUAUUGGGAUCUUCGUCAUGUGUCUUGCUGUUGUCUUUUUUUUCUCCAAUAUCCCGGAGAUCACAGACGAAGACAUGGAGUUUCAAGUUUCCCAGACGCACGAUGAAGAUGAGGUGGUACCAUUUUGGAAAAAUUUCAAUCUUUUCCAUGCAGCUUUCUCCCAAUUCUGUUAUUGUGGCGCGCAAGUCGCUAUCGCCGGAUACUUUAUCAACUAUGUCACAGAAACAUGGCCAGGUAAAUCAAGUGCCACAGCUGCGAAGCUACUUUCCGGUGCGCAAGGCACAUUCGCCGUGGGGAGAUUUACCGGGGCUAUCUUGAUGAGCUUUGUGAGGCCCCGUUGGGUCUUCUUGGCGUAUCUUAGUGGUGCAUUUGCAUUCGUGGCAGCUUCUAUUACCCAGGUGGGAGAGGCUGGGGUGGCAAUGCUCUUCAUGACUCUUUUCUUUGAGUCUGUAUGCUUUCCUACGAUUGUUGCUCUGGGAAUCAAGAACCUUGGUAAAAGCUACAAGCGAGGAUCUGGAUUUAUUGUUGCGGGAGUUGCUGGAGGUGCUGUCGUUCCUCCUAUCCUUGGGCAUGUCGCCGAUUUGCGGAAUAACACCGGCUUUGCUUUCAUCGUCCCAGCAAUGUUCAUGCUUUUGUCUUGGACCUAUGCCGUGGCUGUGAACACAGUACCUUUUUAUCGACGUAUUGUCGACCGGGUUCUGACCGAACAGGAUUUUCGCAGGAGCUCAGAGGAUAUAAUUGAGAAAGAUGAUAUUCAACUCAAGAAUGAGGUGAAACAUUUGGAUCAC